CUAGUUGGUCAGGUGCGCUGACUAAUCUGUAAAACUGGCCAGGCAAGGACCACGCUUGGGGUUGUGCUGUAGCUGUCCAGGUAGUCAAGGCGAAAACGGAACAUCUGGGUUUGUAAUGACUGGAGGGACCGUGGAUUUAACCGAAUAGACGACCAAUAGCCUAUAAUCGUGGCUUUUUGUGGGUCGUUAACGCAAAACUGUCCAUUGACAGAACACACGGAUCACAUUUGCGUCACGGGUCGAUUCGCAAACGGCUAAGGAAGGCGCCAGACAGUGGCAGAAGCUUCAAGAGUGGAUACCAUUUGUAGUUACUGUAUGCUCCGGGGAUGAACGAUAUUUGCUCUCUGCUGGCGGUGUUGGCUCAACAGAUUCUGAGCAUUUCACUGAACAGGCUGCCAAUUUUUCCGUGAAAGUGACAAAUCAGUUGCUGCUUGCAAUCCACUUGCUGCGUUCUGAUUAGCACCCUUAUGUCGGAGGCCGGAGAGAUGGGCCGCAAGCUGGACUUGUCGGGGCUGUCGGAGGCGGAGGCUCAGCACGUGCUGCAGGUGGUGCAGAGGGACAUGAAGCUCAGGGAGAAGGAGGAGGCGCGCCUCAGUGAGAUGAAGCAGGAGCUGGACGCGGAGGGCAGCCGGUGCUCUCUGCUGUCGCGGCAGCACAGGUUUAACGAGCGCUGCUGCAUCCGCUGCUGCGCGCCCUUCACCUUCCUGCUCAACCCCAAGCGGCCCUGCCUGGACUGCCAGUACAACGUGUGCAAGGGCUGCUGCACCUACAGCCGGAGGGACAAAGCCUGGCUCUGCGCCGCCUGCCAGAAGAGCAGGCUGCUGAAGACCCAGUCCCUGGAGUGGUACUAUAAUAAUGUGCGUAGGCGCUUUAAGAGGUUCGGGAGUGCCAAGGUGCUGAAGACGCUGUACAGGAAGCACGCCGCAGAGCAAGGAAAUCUGGCAGAACUAACAGAGGGGAGCACAUACGCAGAGAGCACUGGCAAUGAGGGCAGUGUGUGUGACAGUGACUCAGCCUUCUACAAGCAGAUCGAAGAGCACAACAUGGCCGACACAAUCACUGUGGCACUGCGGGUUGCAGAGGAGGCCAUAGACGAGGCCAUCACCAAGGCCGAGACGCACAGGGACAGCCAAGAGAAACAGAGGGAGGCCCAGUAUCUGCGGGAGAACCGAGAGGAGCUGAUCGAGGAACUGGCCACCACCAUUGUACAUAAAAUUAUCCGUAGGAGAAGAGAUCUCUCGGACAUGCAGCCGGAUUAUAACCUGGAUUGGCCUCCUGAUGAGGACGGCGAGCUGCUGACGGCCGUCCCCGAGGCCCACAGCAGCCUCAUCACCUCCACCAGCCUCAAGUCCUCCCUCUGGCGGUCUCGUUCGGCCUUCUCCCUCCUCACUGACGGAACCUCAGACCCGUACCAGCCGGUGCAGAACCAAGAGGACGUUCCGGCCCAGCCGCCGCUGCACGGGCUGAAGAAGGAGGGCCUGCCCAUCCUGCCCACCUGGAAGAGCGUGGACCGGCUGGACAACUCUAGUGCGUCCGCAGUGCUGCAGAGUCCCGACGGGAACUGGAUCGCCCUGCAGAGCACGCUGCUGUCGCGGCCCAGCCUGCUGGCCAAGCGCAAGAGCCUGGUGUUCAGCGUGCUGGAGAAGGAGUCCGGCGUGGUGUCCGCCUACGACGAGAUGGGCUCCGACACCGAGGCCGAGCCCGAGGGAGCCUUCGGCGCCCUGCUGGAGUUCCGCCGCAAGAUGAAGGCGCAAGGGGGCGACAUCGGCAUCGGCGAAGGCGACGGCGAAGACGACGGCGACGUCGAUGUCGACGGCACCACCGACGACGGCGUUGGCGUCGGCAGCGCCGACCCCGACACGGCGGACUCGGACCUGGAGGGGGCGCCGGUCAAGCUGGGGCUGGACGGCGCGCGGCUGCGCUACCACAAGCCGCUGCUGUCGCUGCUGAAGAAGAAGAAGGCGUCGGAACGGCGACGCACGCCGCCCCGCCGGCCCAGCGUCAUCGACAUGAACUUUAACCCCGAGGCGGCCGACAGCAGCGAGGCCGACGAGACGCAGGCCGAGAGCGCCACGCCCACGCGCACACGCCGACGCCGGAGGAGCCGCAGGGAGCACCUGGACGACAGCAGCCAGCUGGAGCCGCACUCCCCCAGCGUGCCGGUGAGACCGCCGUCGGCUCCAUACACGGAGUGCAGCACCAUGGCCCUGGAUGACCUGGUGAGGAUGCGCAACAUGAUGAUGCAGGAGACCCCCGUGCUGCUCACGCCCGAGGACGGCCUCACGUCCGACACGGCCACGCCCGACAUCCUGAGCUCGGGCAACAUCACCCCGGAGCCCUUCCUCUACGAUCCCAAAGACGUCACCUACAAGAGGCAAAACACCUUCAAGGGCAUCAGCGGCGGCGGCGGCUGCGGUGGUGGUGGUGGUGGCUGCACCAUAGAGCAGGACCUCACCUCCCGGCUGGAGGCGCUGGCCAGCAAGGUCACGCACUUCUCCUCCACCGAGGACGAGCUGGACCGCGACGACGGGAAGGCCAUCAACGACGACGACGACGACAACGACGAGGCCGGAGGGCGACAGAGCAGGGAGAGCCUGGCCCGCGACGCCCUCUGGGACAUGGAGGUGGAGGACCAGGCCAACGCCGCGGCGGAGGAGGAGGAGGAGGAGGAGGAGGAGGAGAAGGACGUCAACGGCGAGCGGCUGGCCGAGAUGGACAUCGACAUGGAGGAGGUGCGGGAGGAGGGGGAGAAGUACAUCCUCUCGGUGCGGGCCAAGGUGCUGGAGCUGGACACCCGGCGGAGGGCGAGCCUGGCGGGCGGUGCCCCCCCGGUGGAGCAGACCUGGUGGGAGUCCCUGAGCGGCAUGCCCGGCGAGGGCCGCGAGCGGCGGAUGCCCGACGCCUACGCGCUGUCCGAGGCCGACUUCGACUCGCUGUCGGAGGGGCUGGACGAGGGCGGGAGCAUCGACGACAUCCUCAGCGACAUGGUGCGCUCGUCCGAGAUCGAGAUCGAGAAGAGCGCCGAGGCCUGGGACCAGGCGGGGGACAGAAUCGAGGCCAUGGACGUGCGGGAGGACCGAGCGGACGAGGUAAGGCCGGCGGACGAGCUGGACAGGAGCAAGGUAGAGGUAGCCACAGGAAAGGACGAGGGGUGCGGGGGGCCCAGCGCUGGUAAGGGGGGAGUGACGUACGACAAAGACAACAACCGGCUGCUCCCGUGGGAGUGGCUGAAAGGGGACAACAGCAAGUUGGGAGCAAAGAUCCGGAAGUCCUACAAGGAGAAGGAGGCGUUUGACACGUUGGAGAGGAAAAGGAAGGAGCACCUGCACAGAGGUGCGCAGCAGGUGAACGCACAGCAGGUGAACGCGCAGCAGGUGAACGCGCAGCAGGUGAACGCGCAGCCGUCCGUAGAGCAGAGGGAUCCGCCGGGAAAGGGGCAGGUCCAGGAGCAGGUCCGGGAUGGCGAGGUCUCGGAGGGGCGGAAACCGGAAGAGGACUUCACCUUCCGGGCGGUGAAAGUCCACCUGGACGAGCUGGAGCCGUGCAAGAAGGGGAGCCGUGAGGAGGAGGAGGAGGAGGUGGGGGAGAAAAUGGAGGUCAAGGAGAGCGAGCAGCCGAGGGCAGAGGAGAGCGUUCGGCAGCCGAGCCCGGCGCGGAAACCGGCGGAAGAGGAGCAGAGGGAGGGCUUAAAGAUGGCCACCGUCAGCGGCAAAGUGGCCGUGGACGGCCGCGGCGCUGCCCGAGGCUUCCGCGAAGAGAGCUCGUCGUCGCCCGACCCGAAUCCGUACCCGUCUCCGGACGACAUCAACAAAGAUAGGUAUGGCCUUGAGCUAGAGCACAACCUGCAGUUAAUCUCCAAUGUGAUGCAGCAGAAGUACUCGGCGGCGUCGCUGCGCAGCGUCACCACGGAGAUGCUGCGCGUCCUGAACGCCACGGAGGACCUGAUCCAGGGGGCGGAGGGCAGCAUCGACGAGCCCGCCAACUCAGACCGCCGCACCUCCUCCGCCAGCAUCUCCCCCGGCCAGAGCAGGAAGCUGGACGAGCAGCUCAGCAAGCUGGAGGAGAAUGUGUAUGUGGCUGCAAGUACGGCGUACGGCCUGGAGGGGGAGCUAAGUGAUCUGGAAGCGUGUGCACGUCGCAUCGGCCAGAGCACCAACGAGAGAGAGCUGGCCCACCUAGAGGACCAGGUGGCAUCGGCCGCAGCCCAGGUGCAGCAGUCUGAGCUCCAGGUCACUGAUAUUGCUGCAAGAAUCGCAGCCUUGAAAACAGCAGGUCUGAAUGUUGCGCCACAACACCGCUUGUUCAAGCCUUUGAAGACAACCAAGACACAAACCAUAGACACAUCAAGACAACAGAGGAGAAGACUGCCUGCACCUCCCACAAAAGAGAAAGAGACGACUGACAUUUGAAGCUGUCUGGGAUGGCCAGCUCGCCGACACAUUCUACCCAAAGUUCAAGACUGUCUGCACUCCUGUGCCUUGAAGCAGUGAAGCUCUGGACGGAGGAGAGGAGUGACAACGUUGCCAGACUGUUUCAUCUCGCCAGUGCAAUCUUUAACAAAUACUCUUCGCCUUAAAUCAAUAGCCAGGAUGUCAAUGACACUUGAACAGCUACUGACAGCAUUGUAGACCAGUAACAUUGUGGACAGGUAAGAGCAGUUUGAAUAAGAAGAAGACAACAAAAAAAAUGAAGACGUUUUGUAUAGAAUGUUUAUAAUGUGCAGUUUUCUUUUUCAGAAAUAUAUUUUUAUUUCAGUGCAAUUUUAUUUACACCGUCUGAUAUUGCUGUCCCGAGAUCGAACCUCUGAAUGAAGCAACACUCGUGUCACAGCCCAAGCAAAUGCAUCAGGUUUCUGUGAUUCAUCUGUAUGUGAUUUAUGAUAUGAGAAAAGAAAGUGAUCGUCUCUCUCUCUCUCUCUCUCUUGAUAUUGACUAUCAUCUGAUGGUAAACAUUAAAUAGAUAUUUCAGAGGGUAUUUGUCAGUGUAUGUAAAUGCUAUGUGUUCAUGUGAAAAACCAGUGUGAGUCCUCGCUGGAGCUCUGAAUCAUUGUUCCAGAGCUCACAGUUCUCUGAUUCCGAUCCUAGGUUACCUGUGAAGGUGAAUGAUACUGCAAAGACUAAUUUAUUGUGACUGUAAGAUAAUAGAACUGAAUAAAUGUUGCAUUAUUUAA